UUUGUAACGAAAUAGCGUCAGUGCCUGUCAGCUGUGGGGAAAACAAGAGCACCUUGCCAAGCUCACAUCGUACAGCGUUGCCAACACCACGCAACUGCCACGUUGCCACUGCUUGCUAAUGUCCACGGACAAUAUCAUCGAGAUGGAGGAUCUCUCACAAGUGAGGAAAAGCAAUAGUUCGGUCGAGAAUGCAGAUUCCGUAGCGCGAAAGACAGACGCAUCCAUUUCCAUCUGGGCAUGGACAUCGGCAGCAAUUUUCGCAGCGUUCUCGCUCUGUCUGAUGUUGUUCCCCCGCUUUCUACUUUUCCUAGCAGAUGAUUCGGGGGGACGGAGGACACUCACAUCCCUUGAGAAAUUUCUCGCUCUUCAACUGGGCAUUACGCUCGGCAUCGCAUCGCUGACAAUCAUCGCCAUGAUACCGAGCGAUUGGCCAACAGGUCUCCAGGACACGAGCAACAGCCACCCUCUCCUGUGGCCUAUGACCGCAACUUCCCUGACAAUGGCACUUGUGUCCUAUGGCAAUCCAGACGUAAGCACCCUGGCGUCGACUUUCAUGUGGGGUACAGGUGUCAUUGGUUUCCUUGGUCUCUGGCUGACCAUUUUUGAAGGGUCGUCAGCCAUCUCCCGUAAGACUGGUGCGGACAAACACACUUCUGCGUUUAUCUUUGGGAACAAAAGCGCAGCUUCGGUCAGGAAGAGAAAGUGGAAAGAUGAACAGGCUCGCAAGAACGUCCUCUAAGGAAGUCUCCACAGCUCGUCAUUUGUACCACUAUUAUGGGUCACUCGAGCCUUACCAGUAGCAGAUUUCACUACAGUACCCGAACCUAACCUUGGCACACCAACGCCCGCAUUGCAAUGGGGCGAAAAGGAGCAAUGUGUAAUAAUAUGCCAUGUAUGUCAAUGCAGAACGCACAGUAAC